CCGCAGUGCUGCCGCUACUUCCCCCGCCGUGGGUCGUGUUUCUUCCAUCACCGAAUUUCAGUAAAAGAAGAUCAUGGUGGGAUUUAAGAAUAGAUACUUGGUUAUGGAGGUUUAUUUGGAUCCAAAUAAAGCGACUGCAUCAGAUGAGCCCAUCGUAAUCACUCAAUUCAACUUGACCAAAGCCAUCAGGGACGUCAUUCUUACAAACUUUGGUGAGUGUGGCAUCGCCUCAUCAGCAAAUUCAUUUCAAGUGAAGUAUGUGAAUCCAAUUACAAAACUUUGUAUCAUACGAGCAUCGCGGGAGGAGUAUCAAAAAGUUUGGGCUUCAAUAACCAUGGUCAGGAGUAUAGGAAGUUGCCCCGUGGUGUUCAACCUGCUAGACCUAAGUGGUAGUAUCAGGGCAUGUAGAGCUGCAGCUUUGAAAUGUGAUGAAUUCAAAUUUCAACAGUACAAGUCGAUGGCCGGAGCUCGCCUUACACCAGAGGUUCAGCAGCAAAUGCAGAACUAUCUCGACAAGAUCAAAGGUUUGGAACACUAACAUGACAAGUCUCCCGAUAACAUGUUGUUCGCGCAAGUUGAUUCCUACACCACGAUUAUCAAGAAAGUCUCAUGACAACGUGCUCUCUUUUUGAUCGUUAGCUGGUUCCCAUUUUGCAUUUUUUCUAACUGUACAUCAAUACCUUCAGAAACUUGAUGGUUCAUUAAAAUGACGUUGGGACCCUCUACCUCCAACUCUAAGAUUGUGAGUGCUCCUCGAGAGUUUGUUAAAAUAUAUAUUAUAUGUUAAGAAUUUUGUCCGGUUUAUCAGAAAGGUGCUCAACUCUUGACUUUGACAUAAGGUUCUUCAAUAGUAUGUCUCUCUUUUUU